CUCUCGCUUCUGCUGAGCGCUUUUGUUGCAAGUCCGGCGGACCUGAUGCGAGCCUUCAGUGCGCUGCAGUGAUUCUCGGCUCCCUUUGAACGAUGUCCCGGAGCUAACCGCUGCGCUGAGAUUUUUAUUUCCUCUCUUUCAGGCUUUUUUUUUUUUAAUGUCAUUGAGAAACGCGCUCCUAAAGCGCAGAAGGAAUUUGAGCUGAAGCUGCAUUCCAGCGGGCUCUGGAUUAUACUUUGCCAAGAGUGCUGGCCUGCUGUCAUAAUGCUCCUUUCUAUUGCAUUUUUCCUGCUCGCCGCUGGAGGGGUGCUGUCCAGUGACUGCCCAGAAUUCUGCUCCUGCAACUCCCCACACUCCGUGUUUUGCUCCAACAGGCGGUCUAGCACUGUGCCCACUGUCCCUAUCUCCACCCGGCAUCUAUACAUCUUCCAGAAUGAUAUUGUCACCUUGGCCCAGGAUGACUUCAAAGACAUCACCGAGUUGUUGUCGCUAGACAUGAGCCAGAAUAAGUUAGCAGAAAUUCCUGACAGGGCAUUCGAGUCACUGUCGAGGCUGAAGAACCUGGACCUUUCUGCAAACCGUAUAACUCGCAUCUCCAAGGACAGUUUCUCAGGGUUGAUCCAGUUAGAGAGGCUGUAUCUCCAUGGAAACCUCAUAAAUUACAUUCAGUGGGAAGCUUUUGAAGAUUUGGAGAUGCUUUUGGAGCUGAAGCUGCAAGGAAACCACCUCACCUCCCUGCCUUCCCUUAUUUUUCCCAGGCUACUUCUUUUAGACCUUAGUCAUAAUAAAAUCCCAACCUUGGAACCUUCAGACCUCCACACUCCCCAUCUAGAAGCACUGAAACUGUCAUCAUUAGGGCUCUCCUCUGUUGACGAGGAUCUCAUAGCCUCCCUGAGAAACCUUCAUGAGCUUGACUUAUCAAUGAAUAAGUUAACUAAAGUCCCUCAAGCCCUAAAGCAGGAAUCUCUCAAGGGGCUUACCAAACUAAACCUGGCUACUAACCCACUUUUUAAGCUGAACGCGAGUGACCUUCAGCAACUGGUUGCACUUCAAGAACUGGAUUUAAGUGGCAUUAAUCUCCAGGGAUUUCCCGAAGGUUUUUUCGAAAGCUUCCCAAAGUUGUCACAACUGAGCGUAGCGGAGAACCCGUUUAACUGCCUCUGUCCGUUAGCCUGGUUCCCCGUCUGGCUAAAAGAGAAGGGAGUCAAUCUGAAGAGACCCGAGGAAACCAGAUGCCAUUUUCCCCUCGUCAACGCUGGGAAGAAGCUUUCGGCGUUGGAGCACAAAGAUUUUGCAUGUCCACUAACAACGACGAAAUCUACUGGCUCCCCCGUAGAAAAUACCCCUGCUCCCCAAAUCCCUACAACACCUUCAAAGACCACCCACACUAAUGCUAUCCCUCCUCCUCCACCACCUAGUGAUGAAACCUUUACCUCCAUAACAGACAACCCCACCUUUGGAUCAGAACCUCCAUUUUCUACCAGCGCUACUGUCGUGGAAAAUGAGUCACAUUUAUGCCCACAGAACAUUUGCCUCAAUGGAGGGACCUGCUUUUUUGACCCAAAUACCCAAUUCACCUGUUUGUGUUUAUCGGGAACGGCUGGCCAAUACUGUGAAAUUGUAAGAAAGAGUCCUGAAGUUCCACAGCCUUCUGCAACAGAGGCUUUGGUGGUAACCUCUGUGAUGAAUGACAAACUCGACGCGAUCAGCUCACGGGAGGUGACGUCCACGUCAAUACUCCUUGACCUGCACCGCUUCAUUGAGACACGGCCCAACAUCCGUGGUAUAAGGCUGACCUACCGUAACCUUUCAGGUCCUGACCGUCGCCCCAUGAUCUUGAGUUUACCAACAUACUACCCUGAAUACACGUUGCGUGGCCUGAAACCAAAUUGUACCUACUCCGUCUGUGCCAGUCCCCUUGGAGAAAGUGAAGAAAUGGGUCCCUGCACCGAAGCUCGCACUAGUCCAGCUAUAACUGUGGAGCCUUUGCUGAAUCCAGAGAACCCUAUGACAAAGACGCUCAUCGCGGCCCACGUGGUCCUGGCAGUAGUGUUGGCGUUGGCUUUGGUGGCCGGUACGAUCAUCUGUGUGAAGAAGAGAAGGCAGGAAAAUGCAGGAACAGAGUCAGAGCUGGGCUCAGCGGACCCAGAGGCAAUGGACAUGAAUGGAAAGGUUUGUCUGGAGAAUGGAGUCAAAGGUACGCUUCUCCUCAAACAGCCUGAGGCGGAUCGUUGCCAGACGCCACAACCGCCCUCACUGCUGCAACAAAACGGCAGCUUGGACCAUGAAGCUCCCUUGAUGAAAGGACACUGCCCGUCAAACAACAAUCUAGCACCACUGAAGCCGUCUUAUUUCUAACGCUGAGCAGGGUUGAAGCGGAGUUUCCAAACGGGAUUUCCUGAACCUGCUAUAACUCUCUUAGUAGUUUUAUUUUUCAUUUUUCAUACCUAUAGCAGAUGUCCACUAUUUGAGAAAGGGCACUUACUGUUCUCUGUUGUGCACAUGAUGGAAUAACAGAGCAGAUCAUCUAUUUAAGAGACUCAACAACAGGGAUUUCAGAUAACAGCACAUUCACAAUGUGCUUAACCGCUAUGGGACAAUGAAGAAUAUGUGAUUAAAAUUCAUCUAACAGAGUUUGGCAGUGGAACAUUUAAUCCGAUCAACAAAUCAAGUGCAAUCAAUUAGAAGGGUCGUCGUUGUGAACAGUGCCUGCUUCAGUGGCCUACUAUAACUCUGUACAGAUUUUUUUCUUUGUUUAUAAGACAGAGAAACACUUAAAUCUCGUUGCUGGAUAUGGGAGUAUAAAACUAAAGAAAGUGCCUAGAACUGGAGACGUGCCAGAUGCUCAAAAGACAUGAAGACUUUUGAAUCACAAGUUUUAAUGCUAAUGGACUUUCAAAUACCUGCAAGGGGGUUAAAAAAAAGUUGCACUGAAAACUCCGUUUGUUUGUCUCGUGAAGACUGCCACAAGGCUAGCAGUGAUUAUGGAGAAGCAACAAUAAAGUUAUGUUUGGAAACUUUGCAAAUGUUACAGGCUAUGACAGCUGUCCAACAGUCUGUAUUUAAGUGCUGACGUUGCAUAAUUGAAGGCAGAAAAACUCAAGCCUCUUCAAAUACAGACUUGGUAUGCGGCAGUCUCUACAGAACCGCCGCAGUUUCCCAUAUCAUGGAGCUUUUGGCUUCUCUGCAAUUGAACUUACUGUGAAAAUUUAAACAUUUACUUUCUCCUUUUUUUAUAUCGUGUGCCAAUUAUGGAGAGGCUGUUUUGCAAGUUGUUGUUUUUUUGUUGUGGUUAUUUUGUGAAUUUUUGCAUUUUUACCAUGCCUUUGUUGUAAAUAGUCAUUAGGUAUUGAUAUUGUUGAGAAAGGUAACAAUAAUUGUUCCUGCUUAAAGGGCAUAUAUCAUCAUGUCUAAUCAACUUUUCAUCUUCAUUUUUGUUUAGGCUUGUAGUUCAAGACAACUACACUAACUUCUAUGUCCAUAAUCAAUUUGAAAAAGGAAUGAAAAAAUAGCACAAAGCCGCCAAUAUUGAAGUUAAAAAUUACAGAUAUGUGAUCAUGUUAAGUUUGACAUGGCAAAACUUGGGCUACAGUGCAUAAUGAAACGGCCACCCAAGGCAAAAGUCAUGUUAGCAAGUCUACAGCUCAAAUUAUAGUUUAACAAGUUUAGAUUCAUAAGGUUAAGAUUUAUUCAGUGAAGGGUAAGAAGUCAGGAGAUAAAUUUUCUGGGAGCAGUAUCUUGUAGAUCUACCAAACCGUUUGACCAUAAAAAGUCACUUUAAACUAUUACUACAAAUGUAAUGGAUGGAAACAAAGAUAAAAUACUGAUCAGACUCCAGCUGUAAUCAAACUCUCUUCUUAAUCUGGCUCAGUUAUGGGGAAAUAAAUUGAGUUGCAGCGGAAUCUAAUUAUCGUGGUAAAACGCGCAAGAGAAUCAAUUGGACAAACUAGUUGUUGAUUGAACACAGCAGACAUUUGUACCAACAGAGUACACAUAUCAUAAGAAGUGCUAUAAAAUGACACAUUUUCCAACCUAAUUAUGCUCAUAGAAAACAGCUGAGGUUUUCUCCUUUGUCUGUCCUAGCUGGGGCACAAACUGUUUUGUCCUCAUCUUUCCUCUAAAUCCAAGAUUCUGGUCCAGAUUGUUUGAAAAUCCUGGCAAUGUCUUUCUGCAAUAAACUGUUGAUUUUUUUCAUGUGUUGCCAAUCAGGCAGCCACACAUCCAUUUGACAUAUUCCCAUAAAAAAUGUUAUUGUUAAAUAGCUGUCCCUGUCCUAUGCGGAUCCAGACGUCAUGUCAUCGGCCCCUAUGUACAUGGUGCUCGCCUCCUGUUUUUUAAGAGAGACACCUGCUUUUUUGUGUCAAAAGGUGCUUUUAAAAUUACUUUUAAAAGUAAUUAUCCGGUGGGGAAGCCAAUCACGCUUAAUGUUCAUCCAUCCAUCCAUUUUCCUACACGCUUAUCCCUGUUGGGGUCGUGAGGGGUGCUGGUGCCUAUCUCCAGCUGUCAAUGGGCGAGAGGCGGGGAACAACCUGGACACGCAGCGCUUAAUGUUCAUAUUUUCUAUAUUUACACAUUUAUUGCGCAAACAUCUGAUGAUAUUUGCCCUUUAAAAUAGAUUCAUCAUCAAUGUUAUUCUUACUUUUUUUUGCAUUUUUGUUUACAUCACCUAAAGUUUCCUAGGUCACAGUUAGUGCAAAUAUUCUGAAAUAGUAUUUGCUUCCGGUAUAGAAAGUCUAAUUCUGUUUGCAUACAAGAAAGUCACAAAGUUAAUAUAGGGGUCAGACUCCUAAGCACUGGGAAACGUUUGUGUCGGCCAUAUUGUCUUAGGUUUUUAAUCCACUGAUGAAUGAUUUGUUGGUGAUUUCUAACUGUCGUGCGUAGAGUUGUAAAGAUUGGGGCUACUUAUACACAAACUGUUUGAUAAUUAGAAGGAUCUGAGAAAGGUAGAUGACUACAAAUACAUCGCUUACAGGAUAAAAUAGAAAAAAAACAGCAAAAAAGAAAUAAAUAAACAGGGUAAAACAGCUUCUUCUGUUACACAUAUGUUUGUGUUUUUCAUAACGGAGCCCAAAUAAAGCAAGAAUAGGCUACUGUGACAUGCUGUGAGACUGUGACAAACUUCUAGUGUUUCUUUCAUUCUUCUCAAUCUAUUUUCCCUGGGGGAAAAAUUACUUAGCAAAAUUAUGUGGUUUGAGAAGGUGCCAUUGUGACAAUGCUUAAGACUCUGACUAACAUGUUUUGGUUUUGAAUACAUGCUGAUGUGAAUUUGAAGAUCUGAAAGGUCUUUUAUUUGUGCCCCACAUCCCACUGUAUUUUAUCACACUAUAAAGUAUGCAAAGAAACAUUAACUACAUUGGAGUCAAGUUUGUCAAAAUUCAAAAACAAUAAUAAUUUUUUAUUCUUUCGAUUUGUGUAUUUUUCUGUCUGUUUUACACAUUAAGACUGUCCAGCAUCAGCUUUGUCUUACCGUUUUCUUUUAUGUAGUCAUGAAUAACCAUACAGUUGGGUUUCUCUCCAACACAAAGCUGGGAGAUUCUCCAUAUUUCUUUGGCCAGUGAAAAUAACAGAUUAUGUUUGUGGUAUUUUAAAUGCUUUUAACACUAACUUCACGUUUUUUUUUUAGGCAAACUUGUUGAUGUUCAUCUGUUUGUUAGUUUCAGCUGUAGCAUUUCUGUAUACCUUUUGCCAAUGCAGAAAAAAAACAGUAUUAAAAUGCCUUAUUAUUGUUAU